ACGAAACGUUUGCGUCAGUUUAAUUCCGUAGCGUUCAGUCGCUGUUCCAUGUUUACGCUUUCAGCGUACUGCCCACUGUUCUCCCGGGAGCUUUUUAUCGUAAGGGUCCAGGCUGGGUGUUGAUUUUUUUGCAGUCAUGGCCAAACGCAGAAUAACACAGGAGACCUUUGAUGCAGUGGUCAGAGAAAACAUUGAGGAGUUUGAUAUGGAGGAAAGUGAAGCUUUGAAGGAGGCCAUUGAGCAGUUUGAAUCUCAAGGUGUGGAUCUCAGCAACAUUGUUAAAGCAGUGCCCAAAGUUUCUUCUGAGGAAAACACAGAGGAUCAAACCCAUGAGGUUCUUCAGGCUUUAGAGUCUCUCAAAUCUGCAGUGGCGUCGUCCGCAUCAGUUCUGGAUGAUCUGAGAGUUUUCACCCAGCAGUGCUCUCUCGGUUUCGCACAGCGAUACCUGGCGGCUCAAAAGGAUGCGUAUCCCACGAUCCUCGCCUGUUGCCAGAGGGCCACUGAAGAGAAGGAAGCCCUUUCUGUCGCUCUCGCCGCCUUCUCUGCACUAACAGAUGGCCAGCCGGAUCUCCUAGACGUGGAAGGUCGAGAGUUUUUGAUUGGCGCUUUAACUGCACACCAGACAGAUGCCGCUCUCACCUGCCUGUGUAUCCGCGUCGUGCGACACUGCUGUCUGAAACACGAGAACAACCGGCAGGAUUUGGUGAAGGCAGGCAUCCUGCCGUUGCUCACCGCGAGCAUCACACGCCACAUCGAACAUCCCGAGAUCGUGAGGGAGGCCUGUGUCGCGCUGAGGGUCAUGACCUUUGACGAUGACGUGCGUGUGCCCUUUGGACACGCACAUGAACACGCUAAGAUGAUCGUGUUAGAGCAAAACGGACUGAAAGUCAUUGUUGAAGCUGCUAAAGCUCAUCCUGCGAACACGUCAGUGCUCAGUGAACUCUGUGCCACUCUGUCCCGUCUGGCUGUGAGAAAUGAGUUUUGUCAGGACAUCGUAGACCUCGGGGGACUGAAGUUCAUGAUCACACUCCUGGCUGACGGGCUGGAUUGUCAGGAGCUCGUGAAGCAGGUGCUCAGCGCUUUGAAGGCCAUUGCAGGAAACGAUGAUGUCAAAGAUGCCACUGUGAAUGCUGGAGGGGCGGAGCUUAUCGUCAUGGCGAUGAACCGUCACAUGGCCAAUGCACAGGUGUGUGAGCAGGGAUGUGCGGCACUCUGCGUUCUCGCUCUACGCAAACCCAACAACUGCAAAGUCAUCAUGGAGUGUGGUGGAGCGCUGGCGGCCCUGCAGGCCAUGAAGACUCAUCCGGCUGAAGUUAAUGUGCAGAAACAGUCCUGCAUGCUGUUGAGGAACAUGGUGGCGCGCACACGUGACUUCAGCCAGUCUAUCUUGGAAAUGGGAGCCGAGGCGCUGAUCUCGCAGGCUCUGACGGCUCACAGGGACUGCGGCGACGUGGGUCGAGCCGCUCUCAGAGACCUCGGCUGCCAGGUGGAACUACGCGAACUCUGGACGGGCAAGAAAGGAAGCCUGAGUCACUGAUGAACUGUUGCACUCAAUUCAAUCAUAUAACAGCAUGUCCUAACUGUGGAGCUCAUACUAAAUGUAUGUGAUCAAACAUCUUCCGGUAGAAUCAGUCAGAAGUGCAUCUGAUGUUCACAUGCAUAGGAUGCAUUACAGGUUACAGUGUAGAUAUGUUGUUUUUGUUAGGUUAAACAUUUUAUUCCUGCUAUUUAUAGUUCGUACAAGGUUUUUUACCCACGAAUGACCACUGUGCUUGGUCUGGAUUCAUUGCGAGAAUCAAGUGUACUUAAUUCAGAAGUGCAUUGCUGGAUUGUCACACUGUGGCCGCUUUACCCUUAAUAUGUUUAAUAUAAAGACCAUCAUCCUGCUUGAUAUGUGCAUUUACUGCAGUGCGUUUUAUGCUUAUUUUUCACAUUCCAAAAUGUUUUGAAUUAUGCCGAACGCCCUUUCAUGUACAAGGUGAGCCAAAGUAAGUCACAAGUAUUUCUCAAUCGUAUGUGUUGCAAUAUUAGCUGAAGCUCUGAUUAAACCUGCUCUGUACUGGAACUGAUAGCGUUUGUGAUUAAAUCAAACAGCUGUAGACUCACAUUCACGUGUUUAUAUUUCUGUACAAAAAUGCAGCAUGGUGAAUUUGCUUUAAAUACUGUAGUUAUUACACUUAUAGUUGCAACUGUAAAAUUAGAAUAAAUUAUUAUUCCAAAUCCAAUAGUGUAAAAAAAUCUUUUUUUUAUUUUAUUUUGCUUUUUAGGGAAUACUUUAUAACAGCAUUAUUAUACUCAAAAUAUAAUUAAAUAAAAUUUAACAAAUAAAAUAAAAUCUUAUUUCAG